AUGCAGUUCACAACAGCCAUCUUCACCACCCUCGCCCUCGCGCUCUCCGCCAGAGCCGACUCAAGGUUUUGCUACCCCAUUCCUGGCCAGCCCGAAACCAUCCCGCAAAACAUCCUGGAUCUCGACGUCUCAAUCAAGCUCAACUGGGCCGCCACUCUCUGCUCUCAGCUGGUCUUCCCAUCUCCCACUGAUCAAGGAAACGGAAUUCAAAUUGCCACGACUGCGCUCACCGACGGUAUCUUGGGAGAUGACGGCAAGCUCUACGGUCUCGAGGUGGGUCUCCAUGCCAUCCGAACCGAGGAUCUCUGCAACGUCAACGCCAACGCCCUGCUCGGAGAUGGUGCCUGCCCAGAAGGUGGUCUCUUGACUUUGAGCACUCCUUUUGAGCAGUGGUCAUACAUCACCGCUCUCAACUAG